AUGGGGGCGAAGGAGUCCCCGGCCAGGGCCCCGAGCACCUGUCAGCCGGCCGACGGCCCGGCGGCGGGUCGGGGGUCGCGCGGGGCCGGCCUGCAGCCCGCGGGGCGGCCGGCACCUUCCAAUCGAUCACAGAGCUGCCGGUCGGGGCGCUCUCCGGGCGCCGCGGCCGCCCCGCCCCCAGCUCGAGGGGGAGGGGAGGCCCAGGCGCGGGCGCGGCGCCGGGGCCGGGGGGUGUCCCGAGCGGGUCCGGGGUCCCGGCCGAGGCCGCCCCGGCCCGGGCGCACGGAGGCCGCGGGACGCGCUGCCCGCCCGGAGCGCGGCGCGGAUCGAGCACCUGGAGGCGGUCCCGCGCGCCCGUCCCGCGCAGCGCCGGAGGUCGGGCAGGGGUCGCGCGGGGGCCGCUCGGGCGUCCCCUCCCCAGCGCUCGGGCGGCGCGGCGAGCGGGCCCCGGGCGCGGAGCAGGCCGGCGCGGACCUCGCGUGUCCCUCCCCUUCCCCACCUUCCCGGCGCCGGGGGGGGUGGCCGGGGUCCCGCGCGCCCGGGCGGUCCGGCAGGUGCCGGCGCGUGCGCGGGGUGCCGCGGGGCCCCGGCGGGGGGAUGCGGCCCGGGCUACCCGAGCGCCACGCGACGAGCCGGCUGGGCGCGGCGGGCGCUGCCCGAGCCGGGGGACGAGGGAAGAACUUCCUGCGCCUCCCCGCCUCCGCGCGGCCCUCCUCCCCUGGCCGGGGCUCCACGUUCCUUCCCGAGGGCAUCCCCGUCCCCAGAGGGCCGGGCUGCGACCCUCGGCCAGGCUUUCUGCGCCCGAGGAAGAAGGGAAGCCGGAACGCAGGGAGGUCUUUGCCUCCAGCUUCCAGCCCUCUGAAGCAGGGAGUGGAAAAAAGUAAAUGUAAAGACAAAUGGCCGGGAUAGAACACCAUUUAUUCCUUUAACAAACACUGUAGGAACCGAAUGCCUCCUGAGUCGGGCACUGUUCUAAAACUGCAGACAUGGAACCAGGCAAAAGUCUCUGCCCUCGUUAAGCCUGCCUCAAGCAAGGGCCAGGGCAGGCAAAGCACAAAGAGCGCCCACCUCCUGUCAAAGAGCCGAGGCGAACCACAGGACCAGAUACUGAGAUGCCCAUCAAAUGGAAGAUGAAGCAUUCUUCAUUCCAGAAGACAGGAAGCACAGAAGCUCAGCAGGGACCUCCUGAGGCCAGAUUAAAGGAGCGCAGGCCCUGCCCACACCGUGGUCCUUAUCAGCACCCCCGCCCUGGAGCCAUUGCUACAAAACUCCUCACCAAACCCUCCCGGGUUGGGACACACAGUGUUCAAAGGCAGGAACCUGCUGUGUCCCCCUUUGCCUGGAAAAGUAUUAAAGCUCCUCUUUUCUACUUCACCCAGCUGUGUCUCCAAGAUUCCAUUCAGCGCCGGUGCACGGAGGCCGCGUUUUCUGCAUCAGUAUUGAAGCCAGAACUGGAAUGCGGGCACUUGGUUCCGGUGCCGGCGCUUUAAACCAUCACGUUUUCAUUCCUCCAUGAGCGUCUCCAAAAAGACAUUUCAGACUUAUGAAAUGUACAUUUAUAUUAAGCACUUGGUGUUUGUUUUAUGACUCCACACCGUUUUAGUCAUAAAUAUGUAACUUAAAAAUUCUACUGCCAACAACAAACAUACAUCAUUUUGAUUCUGGUCUCACAUCAAAAGGACAGUGCCCCAAGCCUACAGGAACUAGGCACUCCGUCAGUGAAACCAUCACGGUGUCUUGGAUGGAAUACCCUUUUUAGUGGCUAUGGAAAUGUGAAAUGAAUCUUCUGAAACCAUCCAAAGGGAAAAGGCUCUGUUGCCCUGAUUCUUAGCGAGAAGACUUUUUGCCAUAAAAUCGCCGUUACUGUGUUCCUGGGCCUGACAACCCGUGAUGAGGGAAAAUCAUAAUUUGUAUUCACAUCAGCUUCUGAAGGACAGAAGUAGGAAAAAGCAAAGGCAGUGAGGUGACUAACUUGUUUCUGGGGAAAAGUGAACGUUCUAAGUAGGAGACAGAGUUUCUGUUACCGCUAACCUUGAGGUCAUCAUGGGCUUGACCAAGACGGCAAUCUGUCGGGAGCUUCGAUGCAGGUGUGCUGCUGGACCCAAGAAGCUACAAGAUGGGUGUACUCAAUAGGGUUUACAGAGAAGCAGAGGAAGAACAGAGAGGCCAAGCGAUUUACCUAAGACCACUCGGGCUGUAGGUGGCAGAGCCAGGUCCUGAACUGGGUAAGUCUAAUUCUCGAGUUCCUGCUUUCGACCAUCACUCUGCCUCUAACAGAAGGGGUCCAACCGGUACGGGAGGCCAUGUAGAUGCCCAGUCACCAUCUAAGCAUUGAAGUCAGAGGUACAAGCUAACAUCUUUUUUUCUCUCCAAAAGGCUGUUAUUAAUUCGGUGGAGGAUUUUAUCAUUAAUGGUGUCUUAAAAUAAAGAUAACACUAAGUAAUGUUUUUGGCUGAAGAAAGAAGUCUUUCCCUAACUUCUCUCCUUUUCUCACCAUCACUGAGUCAUCACCAGGGUAAGUCUCAUCCUUCCAAAAACUUUCUAGGACAAAUCCUUAGCCCCACUGCCACCAAAUUAAUGAUAAUAUCCUCUAGGUUUGCUGAUGCACCCUCCCUGAAAUUGACCGUAAAUGCUUUGAUGGCAGAAAUCGUGCCUACUCUCUCUCUCCUGUUUUCAGUCCAACCACCCCUGGACCGCCUGCCCACCACAGCACUUAACUCUGCAUGUGUGCACUUCCAUGUUGAACACAUCUUUUAAUAGCUGGUGAGUGAAAUUAACAAAAGUAUGAAGUAGCCAAAUGCAGUUACAGCCAUGAUAAAUCUUCAUGGAAGAAAAAUGAAUGAGGAGCAGCUCCUUCCGACCUAGUGACGGAGACUGGAGCCAUGUGGAGUUCAUUUUCUUGCUUGGCUGUCAGUCAGAGUUGCGGAGCUUGUAAACGGAAGAGCUAAAUUAUGGAAAACAGGAGUCAAAAUGUACAAAUCUCUAGGCUCACACCUAAGUGAAAAUUAUUCAUAUAAUUUUAUUUAUUUGAUGAGCUGAAAGAAGACCAGGUGAGCACUUCCCAAACCGGAAGCAAUGCAGAAUCUGUCUUUUCAGAAGUCCUAUGGUAAUACUCAUUCCAAUAUUACAAGGUUGUUUCUAAAGCCUGGCAAACAGCCCAAUUCAUAUUGCCUGAGUGGUUUAAAUAGAGUUAUGAUAGAAAAAUCUUAUGGAACAGAUGGUUCACAAGACUCUAAUAGCCAAUCUGUUAUAGCCAAGAUGUCAUCAUUUUGAAAAAUAACUUCUAGGAAAGUAUCUUCUUCAUAUUUUGAAAGUAUGAUGUCAAAUGAAAUCCUUUGCUUUUUAAUUUUAGAUUUUAAAUUUGUGUGUUACAAUUUAAAACAUGUAUGUGUGUGCAAGCAUGUGGUUUUGAAAUAAUAAUUGCUGACUGUUGCUGCCUGGGGAGAAGAAAUUUCAAGAACCACUGAGCUAAAAUGGGAAAUGAAGGGUCACUGUUUAUGAAGAUUCAUACGUAGAGUAAUUUAAUGAAAUGACAAUUCACUUUGCAUCUCCUGUGCUUUGGGCAAUUAAUUUUACUGUGAAAUAUUAGACUUCAGCUCUGAGUUAAUGUCUUACAAAAUAAAGAAACUGUCGUGGACUGAGCCAAACAUGCCACUUCACGAUUAAAAACAGCAUAUAGGGAACUAUACUCAAUAUUUUUAACACCUAUAAGGAAAAGAAUCUGAAAAAAUAUAUAUAUAUGUG